AUGGGGAUUAUAGCUAGGGAUUGUAUGAGAGUGGUGAAGGCUGCUAUGUGUGCGGUUAUCCCUUACAUUAGGGACCUUACGGUAGCGGAAGCUUUGGGAGCCAGAAGAGCGAUGAAAUUUGGCCGUGAUAUGGGCUACGAAGCGAUCGAGUUGGAGGGAGAUGCGAGUGAAAUAGUUGAGGCGAUCAGAAAUUCGGCAAAAACUGCAAAUAGAUUCGGGGGCAUCAUCAGGGAGACUAGGCAGAUUUUGGAAAGCUUCGGUUCUUGGAGAAUUUCGCUUGUGAGACGAGAAGGGAAUAGGGUUGCUCAUCUUCUGGCCAAGUUUGCGGUAGCUAACCAGUCUCAUUAUGUUUGGUUUAAUGUUUGUCCCAGUUUUUUGGUGAACGUUGUAACUGCUGAUCAUUUAUUAUAA